AUGACCUCUAUCACCCCGACCUCUAUGCCCCCACGCGGCCCUUUCAGCGAGCAAGCUACUUUCACUCCUUCCCCGGAGACGUCCCCUCGUCCCAUUGGAGCAUUCGAUUCCUGCCUUGGAAAACGCAAGUUUGCUGAAGGCGACUGGUUUCCUGGGGCAGGAAUUCCCUUCUAUAGCUUUGGUUACGAGAACGAUUCCAAGGCAAAGUUGUACCGGACUUCUAUCCUCUUCACCGAACUCAAGAAUCAAGUGGAUGAAAUGAUUGCAAGGAAGCAUGCCACCGACGCGAAAGAGCGCCAGAUCUCGGCUCAGAUUGCAUCUCAGCAUCCCAUCAGCUUCCCCGAGUCAGUUGACCAGCCGGCAAACGCGAGCCCGCAGUACCAGCUCGAGUGCUCGAAGGGAGAUAUCAGCGAAGUCGAGGUUGUGGCCAAGAAAGGAAACUCUCUUCCUGCUCCUCUGACCGAGGCUGUCCUCCGUACCGCGUACAACGAGCUGCCAGCGGGUGCAAGGAACGCGAUCGAGACCUGCGUGCGCUGCUGGAGGGAGAAGAAGCUCGGUGCCGAUGAGAUGCUGAGCACUGUGUCGUCCUUCUCUGGAUCCAGUAGCACGCUGGCCAGUGUGUUUCACAAAGCGCAGAGCUUUGGUCAGGCGGACGAGGGCGAGAUGGCGACGGAGGAUCAGUUCCGUGAGCUUUCGCUCAUGGCCAUGUCCUUGUAA